AUGACCUUUGGUCGUUCGCACAACCUGCACCAUUUUCAGUACAGUAUUGAACGGGAUCAACCCCUGGGAAGAGUGUCCUCGAUAAAGGAUCUGGGUGUUACAUUUUCAUCUGACUUCUCAUUCAAUGAGCAUGUUGACGACCUAUGUAGAAGAGCUUACAGGAUACUGGGCUUCAUCACUAGGUCAACCCGCGGUAUGACAAGUCCCCUUGUCUUGAAGACUCUCUAUUCAUCCUUUGUGCGUCAACUCCUGGAGUAUGCUAGCCCAGUCUGGUCUCCCUACCAGCUGGGUCUUAUUGAGAAACUGGAAGCUGUGCAGAGGAAUUCCGUAAGAAUGGUAGGCGUUCGACAGGGGCUGCUCUACAGUGAAAUCCCUAUUGCUGGACUGCAGGCUGAUCUUCUUCUCCCUGAUCUUCAAGCGAGGCGGUGCGUCGCGGAUGUUCUGUUCCUGACGAGACUGGUUAAUGGACAACUGGAUUGUCCGAUGCUCUAUCACAAGUGGACUUCCGUAUUCCUUUGGCAAGGACUCGAUCACGCGACUUGUUCAGUAGACGCCAUUGCCAGCGUUCCUACGUCUUUCACGGUCCACUCGCUAGAAUGUGUUACCUUCAAUAAGAGGGGAUUGUUAAUAACAAGAAUACACUUUGUUAUCAGCGAGGCCAUGGCAGUCAGGGAAGCUGUGCUCAGUCAAUCCCCAGAAUUCAAGGAGGUGAGGAUACGGGCUCUCAGCAACGCCAUGGUGAUCUACGAUCUGUUAACCAUAGCCUUGGUGCGCUGGGGCCAGGUCUCUCUACUGUAUGAGUGCCUGGAAAGGGCCAUGAAGUUCUCAUACGAGGAGGCCCACAUCUGGUUACAACAGGCUCUGUGUCUGGAGUCCAUGGGUCACCACGUUCAUGCUCUGGCAGUGCUCAAGGAAGUGGUGAGACUGCUGCCUACCAAAGUCAUGCCUUGUCUCAUUGCCGCUCGCAUCUGCUACCAGCACCUUAACCAGAUCUCAGAAGGUAUGCAGUGGAGUAUGAAAGCACUGGCCCGUCAGACAUCCCACCCCCAGAAUCUGCUGUCUCGAUGCCACCUGUACAUCGGUAUCGGAGCCCACUACGGUGCUGUCAUCUCCCACCUCAAGCAGGAGAAGCAGAGACUGCACUCUCUGGCGGCUGAAUCUUUCCUCAAGUCGCAGCAAAACGAUCCUAACGACCACCUGGUGGAGUAUUACUUGGGUCUGCAAUGUGCGUCGCGUGCACAGGUCUCCGAGGCCAUUGCACACACCAAGGCUGCUCUGAAGUUGUGUCCAGAACAUGCACCCUCGCUGCACCUCAUGGUGUUGCUGCUGACCGCCCAGAAGCAGUUGACCGAGGCCCACACACUACUUGACACGGCCCUGCAGGAUUUCCCUGAUAAUCUCAACCUGCUCUACAUCAAGACCCACCUGCAGCUGCAGACUCAUGGCCCUGAGGUGGCACUGGCCACAGCCAAGCAGAUGUUGUCGCUGUGGAAGAUUCUGUACGAAGAGCAGGUGCAGCAAGUACAGGGCGAACAAUCAGACACUCGCAGUUUCUUCCAGCUCUACACCUCCGAGAUGUCCGACAAGGAUUCAUCAUCACUGCACGCUCAUUCACUAGCCGCAUCUCGUGUGGAGCAAGCACUGUCAGAGGUAGCAUCGUCCAUAUCCUCGUUCACACCACGGCCCGGACCACAGCGUGCCUGGCUGCUACAACUCCAGGUCUGGUUACUGGUCGCUGAGAUCUACCUGGCUCUAGACCAGGUGUCCGCAGCCGCAGCCAGCAUACAGGAGGCCACCUCCAUCUUCCCCCUCUCCCACCACAUCAUGUACACGAGGGGUUUGGUUCAUGAGCACAAACACGAGUUUAUGGAAGCGAAGCAGUGUUACCAAAAUGCUGUUGCCAUCAACCCGUCCCACAUCAAGAGUCUACAACAUUUAGGGCUGAUGUACCAUUACUUGGGAAGUCACAGACUGGCUGAGAAAACCUUGAGAGAUGCUGCCAAGAUAGACCCUCACGCCCCCACCACGUGGUACAAUCUCGGCAAGGUGCUGGAAGCUCUGGGAGACUGCCAGCGAGCUAGUGACUGUAUGGCUACUGCACUGCAAGUUGAUGCCGUAAGCCCUCUCCUUCCCUACUCUAGCAUUCCUAUUACCUUUGAAUAGUCCACACUAAAUAUAAAUAGUGUUAGAUUCUAAAAUAAGUAAAAUGUGUUAUUGGUCAUUUCGCUCAUCUGAAAUAAAAAAUAAAUGUUCAUCCUACUUAACAAAUUUGUAAAUUUACUAUAUGCAGAAAGAAUUAAUAAUGAAGACCUCAACUAAUAUUGAUCUUUAACACAGCGAGGAUCAUUAGAUUGUGCAAGCAUGAAUCUGAAAGAGCAAAUUAAUCAUAUUACUGUGUAACAUUAUAACCUACAGU